GGAAAUGGGAUCAGCUCUGCUCGGCAACCUGCUGCCAUUUCAGGAAGCUUCAAUGAAGCAGAGAUUUUAACAAGAAAUGCCCAACAAAACGACGGCUACAACUGGCACCGCGCCCUGGCACCAGCAGGAGCUCCCAGCGUCCAAGCAGUGUCACUGGUUUCACUGGCAGGUGAUUGGUCCAGGCCACAUCGGCACGUGACCAGUUGAGGCUCACGUAACAGUUGGAUUAUAGAAAAAGAAACAGGAGCACGGUAUAAAACCGGGGCUUGAGCAACAGCCCGCAGCGGGAUAACAUCGUCCCUGCAGGUGUUGCCAAUGGGGGCCGGCCGUGAGGACUUGUCUGACAUUUAACAGAACUUCCCCGGGCCACGUUCGGUCAAUCCCCGGGCCAAGUUCGAUUCCCGGAUCCCAUUCUACCAUCGGCCUUGGUCUCCCACCAUGGAUGAAGAAACUCAUCUCGACUCUUGCCUGGACAAAGACGCCCGCAACCUUGGCGUGAAUGAUGUGUACGAGAUCGCCAAGUUGAUCGGCGCCGAGUUGGAGAAGCUGAUAGACAGCUAUGGGAAGGAGGCUGUGGAAGGACUGAUUCCAAAAGUUGUCCGCAUCUUGGAAAUGCUGGAAAGUUUCGUGGCUCGGAAUGGGAACACCGAGCAGGAAUUGAUACGAGCCUUCGUGAAGCUACAGGACGGAGAGAAAAGUACGGGUCAUUACAAGGAUGUGGAUCAUAAAAUAAAUCUGUGGCACACCCGGAUCCAAGAACUACAGAAGCAGAUAUCACAGCUGACAGGUGAAAACCAGCAGCUCAUUAACCAGCUGGUUGAGAUUCAGUCCCAGGAAGACAGCCUCUCUAAGAAGGAACGGGAAGUAAUGCUAAAGCUAAAAGAAGUGGUUGAUCUUCAAAGGGAUGAAAUUCGAGCUAAAGGUCAUGAGAUCUAUUGCAAGAAUGAAGAUGUGGAUGCGCUGCAGGAGCAGCUGGAUCGCGUUCUUAAGGUUAACAAUGAUUUGCGACAUAAAACAAACAUAGUUCAAACCCAGCUGAAAACGGUGUUGGAGAAGAAGGCUGAGCUGGAAGUCACGGUGCAGGAAAAGGACAAAGAAAUAGACAGACUGCAAUCCCACCUGACUCAGGUUAAGAAAGAAAACUGCAUUGACCAAAAGGUGAGCAGAGCUGGAAGUGCACCAAACAUCAACAUGGCCGACAAAAUCAUCAUCGAUGUAAAGGAUCCAAACCGGCCCUGCUUCACAAAACAAGAAAUGCGACAGAUUCUGCAUGAGCGCAACGAGCUGAAAGCAAACUUGUUUCUGGUCCAGGAGGAGCUGGCGUACUACCAGAGAGAGAUUUUCAACGAUGGAAAGUGCCCGACGAUUUUCAUGGAAGCAAUCAAGACUGCAAUUAAGAAGCAAAGGAAAAAAGUGAAGGCAAAGAUGCUGGGAAUUCCGGAAAGCAUGUGUAGCAGUGAUGAAGAAGAUAAAGAUGCCCUUCCCCUUCCCCUUCCCUGCUUCCCACAAGAUGAAAUGGACGCCAAGCCACCCGAGUCGAGAAUCAAAUCUUUAUUUGGGUUUCUUUAUCGAGGUAACAGCGUCAAAACUGCAUCAACCACCAAAACCUCAUCUGAAUCCUGGGAGGUGAUUGGCUCCCAAAGAAGUGAACUUGUAUGAGAAAUGUUCACAAACCAAAGAAUAAACUUGAGGGAAAAUGUAUCUGUAUAUAUUCUUUCAAUAGCUAUUUUAACUUGAUAUAAUUGUUGCUUUUAAAUUACAGUACAGGUCUGUAUUACAGAGGGGUUGCAUUCCUGGAAAACCACUUAAGAUUUUCUAUAAUACAAGCCUUGACAAAAAUUGACAAAUUUACUUAGUUAUUUUUCUCACGUUUCCAUAAGUGCAAAUUUUUAUUCUCAAUAUCAAAUUUUUUUUGGUACUGAUUUGUGAAUUCCAUAAGGAAUUUCUGAAAUGUUGUAAUGCAGAGAUAUACUGUAGAAGAAUUUUAUGGUUUGAUUUAAUGAACAUUAAUGGGAAUUUACCCAAUUUUAAAAACUUUGUAUAAUUUGUAAAUUGUUUUCAAUUUUUUAAAAAUAAAUGUCUAUUUGAAGUAUUCCUUAUGUAAAAUGGUGUCAAAACUUCAGUGUUAUCAGAUCUCUAGUACAAUUGUUUAUUCUUAGUUCACACUUUAGGAGCCCAUGAUCUUUAGGGAAAAACAUUGUGCAAAACACAAGCAGAGAAGUGGGCCAAAAUAUUCUUGCCUUCCCUCUACACCCAAUCAAAAUUGCUGGGCCUUCAGAAUGGGUGGGGGGGGGGCUUGUUAACUGUCGAAGGAUGCAAUGACUGUUCCUAAACUGCCAACCCUCAGGCUAAUUCAUGGUCCUAGGAUAACUAUUUGCCCUCCUAUUCCCACACUUUCCUAAAUCUGAAAGCCACACAUGUGCUGGCAUUUUUCAAGAAUCAUGGGAAAAGAUUGGUGUCACUCCCAGCCCUCAACCACUCCCCCCACCCCCCCAAAGCUGUUGCAUCUAUUUUUGGAGAAUGAUGAGUAUAUUGAUGUUAAAAUAUAUUUCAUUGAAUGAAUACUGAACAGUAUCAAAAUUAGAGGUUGCUUUCCAAGAAAACUGUUCAUACUGCAAUUUUCUGUGAUGCAAACCUUUUUCUCCAUGGUAUCCUAUAUUACAAGUGGACAUGUAUUUCUGCACCUUAUUGCUAUCACAAUCAUUUUGAUCCAGGAAACCCAAGAGUGCCAAAUCUUGCAUUACUUCUAACAGAGUAUGAUUUCAAUACUUAACUACUGAAAGUGUGACUAAUAGCUCCAAUGAUAACUGUCUUGUGCAUUGCUCUCACCAAGUCUUUAAAAGUUUAACAAAGACAUGCAGUUACGGCAUCUUAACACUACUCUCAAUGUUACUUUGAAGUGCAGUGUCUAUUAUGGUGCCCAGAUUGUCAGCCAGAUGACACAAAUUGCUAGAAACCACUAGUGUUGUGACAUUGCAAACAGCAGCUUUCAGGUAAGUAAAUCCUGGACUUGUAUGGAACUGCUAUAAAUUAGCCAAGUGAUGGAUGCUAGAUAUUUGUUACUUUGUUCCAUUGCUUGGGUCCAUGUAAAGUCCAACAGCAGAGG